GAGAAGUCAAGCAUGCCCAAAGGAAAACGAUCCGCCCGAGCCUCGUGGCUGUUUCGCAACAAACCAGCUGUAGCCUCAGCCAACAAUACCUUUGGCCGCUUCAAUGUCUCGAUCAAUCACGAUGAAUCCAAAGCCGAAGGCUCCAUUGCUAUUCAACAUGCCGUCCACCUCGAAGGCUUCCCUUCCGAACAGACCCUUGAUCUUGUCUUGCGUCCCGAAAGCAUAGUCGCUUGUGAAUUGUUUCUUGACAACCAGAACCAUAGACUGCCUCCAGAAGUGAUCAACCUGAUACCGACGAACCGUAAUGAUAUAUGGAGUCUAUCCCUUGGUGGCGGUGGUGGAAAGCAAGAGACAACAUGGAACUAUAUACAUCCGCCAUUGGAGGAAGAACAACAGGCAGAAGUCGGUGUUUCGAGGAAAAGAAACCGUGUCGAUUCGAACAGUCAGCAGCAGUCAGGAGAGCCGUCUACAAAAAUACAAAAGUUUCUCUGGGACAUGCCACCAGGUUCACCCACCGAAGUAAACACACCAAGUUCGCGACAUAUUACCCCUACCUCCCCUCUCACUACCGUCAACACCUCUGACAACAAAUCCUUGUAUCACUCCGUUUCUCCAACGACCGAGAGGCCACUCGAAGAUGAACCAAGUCCAUCCAUUGCAGGGCAAAGGACAGACUUCAGGCACAACGAAGAGAAGAGAUCAGGCUCACGAACCUAUACACCGCUCCCUGCUUACCCGGCAGGGCUUGAAGCUACCUGCACGCCGUCACCUGCUCUCGAGAAAACAAGUUCGCCAGCCUGGGGAUCUAGUGUAGAGAUGAAGCCCACGUUCCUUCCCCCCUCGAUCAGCAAGCAAUGGCUUCGCACCUUCCCCUGA